AUGUCUGAUGCUGUCCUUGGGUUAGCACACGUCAUCGCCAAUAUUUCAUGUAACCACCGUACCUAUUUACCACCCAAUUUGCAAGUGCUGCAAUUCGCCAAGAGGCAUGAUUGGAUCGUGCUCGGGGUCGAGUUUCUGUCCGAACACCACCCAACGCAAUCGCCCAGUAACGCAGCUCCACCUGGUUGGCACUUUGCAAAGACGGCUGGCAGCAUUGCUGCAAGGACCAAGAUUCGGUCCAGAUUAAAGUUUUCUGUUUUUCGCAGAAUGAAUGGCGGCUUCUCUGAUGCUUGUGGGACGGAACCAACAGGGCGUCAAUUCCCUUAA